AUGCACUCACGUAUUGCUGCAGUGAAGGCACCCCGCACACACAACCGUCGCCGCGUGACCGGAUCCAACGGAAGGAGGAGGGAAGGAAGAGAGAGUGAGCGGCAGAGAUCCAACAUGUCCCGGCGUGUGUUUACUUCUGCGGUGCUGCUGCUCCUCGUGAUGAUGUGCUGCAACACUGGUGGUGUUGCGCAAGCUGUUGUACCGGCGCCAGAUCAGGGAUCUUCACAGAAGAACUUGUUUGUUUGGAGGGAUGUGGAAGAAGGGGAAACAGUGAGUUCGCUCUAUUUUCCCAGUCUUGUUGAGAUGGAUGGUAAAUUGUUUGCCGUUGCCGAGGCGCAGUGCACGGAGAAUGACAAGGUUUUUACUGGAAUUGCCUCUGAGCUCCUGACGUUGGAUAAGAAGCAAACAAAAGAGGAGUUGGAUGCGAGUAAAGUGAAGACACAAGUACUGGAGGAAUGUCCAUCCGAUAAAGAGAAAUGCGCUUCCCAAUCAGAGGACCAUGCUGUUCCCCAAAGCGAAACGAAAGUACGUGUGAACCGACCGACAACAGUCGUGAAGGAAAAUGAUAUUUACAUGCUUGUUGGGAAAUACAGCAGUACAGAUGACGCUUCUUCUCAUGAGACUGCAUCUGACGCGUCUAUAUUGGAACUUUUGCUGGUGAAAGGAAAGGUUGGUGGUGAGGCCAGUAACAGUAUUAUUUGGGGAGAUACUGCUGGCGUCCCGUGCAUUUCUACUGUUGAAAAAGAGACAGUAGCUUUGACACGACUGAUUGGCGGCGGUGGAUCGGGUAUUAAGAUGCAUGAUGAUACGCUUGUGUUCCCAGUGGAAGGGACGAAGAAGAAUAAUGGGAGGACCGUUUCGCUGCUCAUAUACACCUCCGAUAACGCUGCAAAUUGGAAGCUGUCGAAGGGGACGUCUGACGGUGGCUGCAGCGAUCCCUCCGUCGUGGAGUGGAAGGACAAAAAACUCAUGAUGAUGACAGCGUGUGAUGAUGGCCGCCGCAGGGUGUACGAGUCCUGUGACAAGGGGGACUCGUGGACGGAGGCACUCGGGACACUCUCGCGCGUGUGGAGCAACAAAAAGGGCGCAAAGGCCGUUAGAAGCGGGUUCAUCACAGCGACGAUUGACGGUGUUGAAGGUAACAGAAAUGUGAUGCUCGUUACUCUGCCGGUGUAUUCCGAGGAGACUGAUACAGAAGGCAAUGGAAAGGAAAAGAGUGAACUCCAUCUUUGGCUGACGGACAAUACGCACAUUGUUGAUAUUGGGCCGGUAUCCGAUGAAGACAAGGAAGCUGCCGCCAGCUCCCUGUUGUACAAAAGUGCUGAAAGUGGAGAUAAUGGGGAGAAGCUGAUUGCACUGUACGAGAAGAAGAGGGGUGAUGAAGGAAAACCUUCACACAGUCUUUGGUCUGUGCUCCUGACUGAGCAGCUGCAGCGGGUGAAGGAUGUGCUAGCGACGUGGAAGAAAGUGGACGACCUUGUCUCCAAGCUGUGCACCACUUCAAGUGCUGAGAAGGAUGCCUCACCUGAAAAUGCCUGCAGCCCUACUGAUAAGAUCACGGAUGGGCUGGUUGGCUUUUUGUCUAACAACUUCUCUGAGAACAAAUGGAGGGACGAGUACCUUGGGGUGAACGCCACAGUGAAGAAGAAAGAUGGGGCAACAGAGGAUGCAGGGGAGACAGGGGCCGCAAAGGCGGAAAAUGGUGUGACGUUCCAGGGAGCGUGGGCGGAGUGGCCCGUUGGCAAGCAAGGGGAGAAUCAGCUGUACCACUUUGCGAACUACAACUUCACUCUUGUGGCGACGGUGUCCAUCGACGGUGUGCCGCAGGAAGAUACUCCCAUUCCUUUGAUGGGAGCGAAGAUGAAUGAUGCUGAGAAUACAGAGAAUUCCGUACUUCUGGGACUGUCGUACAACAAGAAAAAAAAAUGGAUAUUGCUGUGCGGUGGCGAAAAUCCUAAGGAGCACAGCAGCACUUGGGAGAAAGAUACAACACAUCAGGUGGUAAUUUUGCUACGGAACGGCACCCAAGGCACCGCGUACGUCGAUGGUCAGCGUGUGGGUGGGGACAAAGCGUGUGCAUUGGAGAAUAAGGAUUCAAAAGAGAUCUCCCACUUCUACAUUGGAGGGGAUGGAAGCACCGCAGACAACACAAGAAGCCAGGAAGACGUGUCUGUGACCGUGACGAACGUCCUGCUGUACAACCGCCCGUUGGAUGACGAUGAGAUUACUGCACUUAACGCAAAACUUUCUAUUCCAAAAGCAAGCGAAGCAAAAACAAUGGGUGGGGAUACUCCACCAGAGGCGAUUAAACCAGCUACGCUGGAAACCGGAACUCCGUCUAGUCUUGGCGGGCAACAGCAGACUGAACAGGAACUGUUGAAGAAAAGUAAAGAUGCGGGAAGUGGCGGUUUAUCCACGUCAGCGGUGUCCAGUGCCACGACCUCCCCAGCAGCCAAAGAGUCCGAAAACCAGUCAGCGUCGGGAACAUCUUCCGAAGGACAUUCCAAUGUGGAUGUUGAUUCUUUGUCCGAGGGAGGUCAAACGGUAGACACCGAAACUGGAGACACGGUGCAGGGAGAUAGAACACAACAACCGUCAGUGGGCACUCCCGCCACAGCAGAUACAAAUGCCCCUACCGCUGAAAUCAUGGCGCACGAUGGAGCCGCAGUGACACCUGAGGUUGGUGUGCACUCUGGUGAGAAUGGGGAGAAGGUGGGAGGGACGGAUGGGCAGAAACGGGAGGACAUCCAUGCACAGGACGGCGAAGUAAAGGCUGCGGCACUCAGCAGCAGCCUUGGAAAUGCGUCACAGGGGAAUAACAGCGAUGCCGGCACUGUGCGUGGGAGCGGACUGCUGCCAUCGCUGCUUCUUCUGUUGGGACUGUGGGUGUUUUCGGCUCUGUGA